AAUCAAUAAUCUAUCUUUUAACUUGAAAUUUACUGAAAGUAUCCAGUCUAUCCAUCAAUUCAUCCCCUUUAUGUACACACAACAACUUCUGAACCAGAAACGACGUUGACAACAAACCUAAUUAUAACAAUACCCAACAAUCCUUUCCUCCUCCUAAAUUUCAUAAGAUCUCCAUUAUAUUUUCCACCAUUUCUGUCGGUGCCACACUUUUCUUACUCAAAUUUCACACAAAGGUGGUGUGCAUAAUACUUGAAUCAACUUGAUUCGUGAGUUCGGGUUAAAUUCGGAUGAGAUCCGAGUGAUUUAUUCGAUUUCUUGAGUGGGAUUUAACUGAGGAACACUAGUGUUUGAGGAAAUUGUGUUUCAUGAUGAUAUUAUAGAUCUUGAUUUGAGUGGUGUGAAUUGUGAAGAUGAGUGGUGGUAGCAGUACUGAAAUGGUUUCUGCUGCUAGCCCGAGAAGAACACACACAAACGAGAAACGGGUUUCUUUCGAUAUUGAAAAUGAUACAAACGGAGGGUUGAAAUAUUCAAACACAACAGAUUUUGUUGAUAGAAAUAGAGAGGGUUUGGCAAGCAACAAGAGCCCGAUUGUCGUUGUCGAUAUACUCAAAACGUUGUUUUUUAUACUCGUUUGGUACACAUUCAGCAUAUUACUCACAUUGUAUAAUAAGAAACUAUUGGGAGAUGAUCAGGGGAAAUUCCCUGCUCCUUUGUUAAUGAAUACGAUUCAUUUUGGAAUGCAAGCCGUUUUUUCAAAGGCGAUUGUAUACUUUUGGUCCGAAAGAUUCCAACCGACAGUAACUAUGUCAUGGAAAGACUACUUUAUGAGAGAUCCACUUUGAAUUUGACAGUUGUGCCAACUGCUAUUGGAACAGCACUGGAUAUAAAUUUGAGCAAUGCAUCACUCGUUUUCAUAUCGGUUACAUUUGCAACCAUGUGUAAAUCUGCUGCUCCUAUAUUUCUCCUUAUAUUUGCUUUUGCAUUCAGGUUGGAAUCUCCAAGUUUUAAACUUUUAGGCAUUAUGUUGAUAAUAUCUGCUGGAGUUUUAUUAACAGUUGCAAAAGAGACCGAAUUUGAUUUGUGGGGUUUCAUUUUUGUUAUGCUUGCUGCUGUUAUGUCGGGUUUUCGUUGGACCAUGACUCAGAUCCUUCUUCAGAAAGAGGUCUAUGGUUUGAAAAAUCCCCUGACGUUAAUGAGCUAUGUAACCCCUGUUAUGGCCCUAUUAACCGCUUUGCUAUCGCUAAUUUUGGAUCCUUGGGGCGAAUUUAGAACUAGCAGUUAUUUUGAUAGUAAAUUGCAUAUCAUGAGGAGUUGCUUCUUGAUGCUCUUUGGGGGAACUCUUGCCUUUUUUAUGGUAUUAACAGAGUACAUCCUUGUAUCUGUGACAAGUGCAGUUACAGUUACCAUAGCAGGAAUCGUAAAGGAAGCUGUCACUAUUCUGGUAGCAGUAUUUUAUUUCCAUGAUGAAUUUACAUGGCUGAAAGGAGGUGGUCUUGUCACCAUCAUUUUUGGUGUGAGUUUGUUCAACUUGUACAAAUAUCAGAAGUUGCACAACGAAAAAUCGAGUCCGGAUGAGCUGGCGGGAUCUCAAACCUCAGUCCAUGCAAAAUAUGUUAUUCUGGAGGAAAUGGACGAUGAAGAAACCGAAGAAACUAGACCUUGAUCAAUGGGUCAUCGUACAUUCCAUCAUAGGUAAGAUUUUAAACGUAAAUGUAGAUGCGAUGCUCUUUUUGCCAAAUGUAGAUUUUGACGAUUAGCCCGAACAAUCAAUGUUGAGUAACUGUCUACAACGCUCGUACAUUACCCUUCUGUAUUCAACCGCGUGUACACUAACAUAUGCUGUAUUUUUUUUUUCAUUCUGGUUUUUCUCUUUGGAGAAACAUUUUUGCGUUCGUUCGAUUUUGUUGGUGGUGUAUAUGUCUAGUUUGUGAUAAUCAAUAAGUGUUUAAAUGUGUU